CCGAGCGCAGACAAGUGAAGGCUCAGGCCACUGCCCUGCGCUGCCCCCGAGAGCCCGUGACGCGGUAGCUCCCCGCACGUCUCCUCCCGCCCCGGCGCGGUGGUUGGGCCCGGCCGCAACGUCACCCAUUGUUUACAAAUCAACUCGAGCCGGUAGGAUUCCGGCUAACGCGGCUGCAGCGCGCGGCACGAGUGGCAGCCGGUCUCCGGCUUUCGCGUCAUUCCCAGCCCCGGCCCCGGCCCCGGCCCCGGCUUCGGCCUCAGCACUGCACCCGGCCCCGCCGCGGCCCACAGGACUGCCAGCGACGCCCGCAGAGCUCCGGAUUCCCGGGCUGGGGGCCAUGCCGUGCCGGAGGGAGGAGGAAGAGGAAGCCGAGGGGGAGGAAGAGGAGGAGGAAGACAGUUUUCUCCUGCUGGAGCAGUCGGUGACCCUCGGCGGCUCUGGCGAGGUGGACCGGCUGGUAGCCCAGAUCGGCGAGACGCUGCAGCUGGACGCGACGCAGGACAGCCCUGCCUCCCCGUGCGCGCCCCCCGGGCCGCUUCUGCGGCCCCCGGCGGCGGCGGUGCGGACGGAUAAGGCCCGGCCCCCUGUUCUGCCGCUGCUUCUGCCGCCGGCGCCGGCCGAGGCGGUGGGCCCAGCGCCCCCGGGAGCGGUCCGCUGCGCUCUCGGGGACCGCGGCCGCGUGAGAGGCCGGGCUGCGCCCUACUUUGUGGCCGAGCUCGCCGCAGGUCACAGCGCCCUACCCGGGCCUUGCCGAAGAGGAUGGUUACGGGACGCUGUAGCCUCCCGCCGCCUGCAGCAGCGACGAUGGCCCCCAGCCGGGGCGCGCGCCCAGGACGACGACCCGCAUCGGCUCCUGCAACAGCUCGUGCUCUCGGGGAACCUCAUCAAGGAGGCCGUGCGGAGGCUUCAGCGAGCUGUCGCCGCGGUUGCAGCCACAGGCCCGGCCAGCGCCUCCGGAACUGGGGGUGGCCGCAGCGGACCUGACCCUGUCGCUCUGCAGCCCUCGGGCGCCUUGCACUGACCCGGGGCCCCUGAAGUAGGAAGAGAAGGCCGCUGCACAGACCCAUCAGCGCCCUGCCCUCACCCACCCUGAGCUGAAGCCACCGUCGCCGUUGUGGGAGCGACUGCUUAGGCAGCAGGGAGGUUUUGGGGGAGACAUCCAGCCGAGAAGUUACCGGCCCCAGCGAGGCUGUCCGAGAAAACUUGAACGUGGAGAAAUACACGGGCCAGGACACGUCUGUGCCGCGUGAGAACUUCCCCGGCUACCUUGGGGCCAAGGACCUGGGAUAAACUGGGAGAACUAUGGCAGCUACUUUUAUUGACUUGUACCUGGCUUAGCCCUUGGGGGCGUCGUGUUCUUGGAUUGUUUAAAGAUAGGGCCCCAAGGGGCGGGAAUUCGUGAGGGCUUUAGAACAAUACUUGAAAACUUAAUGACACGAGUACAUUUUAUUUUCCGGUGGAGGAGCUUAGUGAAAAUGGUGCUACAAUUGCUGUGCAAAGAAGUUCCGGAGGGGGGAAGAAUGUAAAAGCGUGGUGGUGGCUGGUUGGCCCCUUCCUCCCACCUAAUUGGGGGCUGAUCGAGGUGGGAGAAGUGAAGUCCAGUUAGGGGGUGGAAGGGAGGUGGAGAGUUUUGACGGUGGGUAGAACCGGAGUUGAAUUCGGACUUUUAAAUGACUGACCUUGCCACCUGUGGUUCAAGGUCACGGUUUGCUGUACGUGGAAGGCGGUGGGGUUCCUGGGAGAGCUAAUUCAUCCCCCUGUCCUUUCUUUCUCUUGCUCCAAGAAGAGCCAAGUCUGUGCUUUCCUACCUUUUGGGAGUCUCCCUGAGAGACAGGCAGAGUGGCUUUGGGGAGAGUGACUUGUUUUUUCCUGCGCUUUCCUCUUUCCAGAACUCCUCCUCUCAUGAGGCCACUCUUGGCCAUGCCAUGAGCUUUCUCAGAAACGGUCAUAAACAAUCUCUUGUGUCUCUCCCGUUCUCCUAGUCCACCUUUAUUAAUCCUCCCGUUCUGAUGUCUGCAAGGGACGAUGAGACCCUGGUUGUUUUCCUGCCCUGUUCUGGCCCUCUGUGGAUCUGUGGGCCUGAGCCUCCAUGGGUCCUCACCAUCAGUUUCCUCCUGCCACUAACUCUUCUUUGUAAGUGACUGAAACCGUUUUUAAAAUGUGACUCUCUGAGAGGAGAAAUCUCUGGCUUUACCCUUGUGAAACUUGAUGGCACUUUAAGUGAAGUGCCACCCCCCACCCCAGACUUUAAGGUAGCUAAACCCGUUUUUUUAAAAAAGAUUCAAUGGCUUGUUCAUCCUCCAGAUGUAGCUAUUGACGUACACUUCGCACCGGAGUGUCUGAAAUUGUGGUGGUCCUGAUUUCUAGGAUUUCUUAAUUAAAA